CGUGCUCCCCUUGGAGUGAAGGUUUAGACACCUCUGUAAACGUAGUUCGACCUUAGUUGGCUUCUGUCGUGGACAAUCGUUCCUGUUCCUGAUUCGCCUCGACGUAUGUACGUCACUCGGCCGAACUUUGUCAUCCAAUCAACUUGGUAUGGAUUUGGCUCUCCUGAUCGAUGAGCUUGAGUGCCCAAUCUGUUGCCAGACCCCGAGAGGUCCGCCAAUCUUUCAAUGUGAAAACGGUCAUCUGAUCUGCUCCGCUUGUAAGCCAAGAAUGGCCAAGUGUCCUCAAGGUGGUUGUGAACUCGACCAGCAGAGAUCUAGAAUAGCCGAAAACCUCCUAAAUAAUGCGGACAUUCCUCGUCCAUGCAUCUACUCUUCAGUGGGAUGCUUCCACGAAGACUUAUUGUCAGACUUGAUUGAACACGAGACCAAAUGCGAGUUCCGAAAAGUGUUUUGUCCCGACUUGGAGUGUGGAGAGGUCGUGGUGGCCAAAGAGCUUUUGGGCCACUUCAAAGAGGACCAUCCUGAUCAUGUCAAGAAUGAUAUCGAGGAUAAGGACUUGGAUCGAUGUGUUUGGAUCAUCGAUCCUGACGACCUUAGGAAACGGUCGUUCACCGUCACUUGGCCAAUGAGCAUUUGGAAGAAGAAUGGUCUCACUUUCUUUUCCGUACUUCAUAAAUACAAAAACAGUGACUUGUGGUACUCUUGGAUCUGUUGCGACUGUCCUCCGGACCUGGCCAAGACGAUGACGGCCCUCGUUCGGAUGAGGAGCAAGUCGGGCGUACCCGAACUUACCUACAAGGGUCGGGUGCAUCCCUUGGAUAUUUCGUGCAACGACAUUGUCCGAAAAGCCUCGAGUUGCUUGGUGGCGACCGAUGAUGUGAUCCAUUCGUUUCUGAUGGGAAUCCCGGAUGAGCAUAAGAGUGAACAUGAAAAGGAUGAUCAAAAGUUCCUUCUCGCUAUGGAGUACUCAAUAUUGUGAAAACAUAAAAAUCAGGAUCGCGAUUCCAUCCCUGAUCAAUCCCAUUUAUUUGUUUCAAAGAGCAGAGCUCGGCAAAAUGAUAUUCAACGUCAAUAUUAACCAUAACCAAACCCCAUUGGCACCAUAACAGUUCUGUUCGAUUUCAAACUUCCAAACUGGUCACUUCAUAUUUGGGAACGAAAUAUAGGCUAGGUAGCAUCAUUGUGAA